UAAGCUAUAGUACCGUCUUUCCUCACCACUAUGCAACCAUUCGAAUCGCAAUCAAUACGCGAGAUCACCAAUCCGCACCGGUCGCCAACCGUUACCCACCCACUUCUUGGUUGGUGGCAGAUGGGGCCCCCCUGGGGCAGGAGGCAGCCUCAGGCCGACCGCCACCGAAUGGACCCCAUCCACCAUUGCAGCAGCCAUUUAGGUAGCGCAGAGCACCGGAGGGCCAAAAUGCAACCAUCUCUUGUGACUGGCUCCCUGCAGGUGGUUGAUAUGGGAUGACGGGGCCUGACUGCGCCCUGCAGAACAUGCCAGUCAUCGACACGUCGUGACACCACCGCUAUAAGUCGCGAAGGAAAACCAACGCAUCGCCAUGUCAGCGGCUCUGCCUCCCGACGAGAACCGGGCCGUGAGCCUGCUCUUAUGCUUCUGGGUCCCCUUCCCCUUCACGGUAGGGCUGGUCGUGACCCGCUUCUACUGUCGGGGCAUGCGAAAGGACCUGGGGUAUGACGACUGGACGAUCCUCGUGGCAUGGAUGCUCUACACCGCAGCGGCAGCGAUGAGCACGGCGAUGGAGCUGCGCGGCGGGGCGCGGCACGUGGCCUACCUCAGCGCGGAGGAGAUCCUGUACGUCGGCAAGAUGCAGAUCAUCAACCAGUUCCCGGCGGCGCUGUCGGCGAUGUGCGGCAAGAUCAGCGUGGCGCUGUUCAUCAUGCGCAUCUCGGGCCGCACCUCCAAGUGGCGCCGCUGGUUCCUGACCGUGCACAUCGUGCUGUACUUCUGCCUCACCGUGCUGAGCCUCUGCAUGCUGAUCGGCCAGUGCAAGCCCGUCCAGGCGCUGUGGGACAUGAGCCUGCGCACCUCGGGCCAGGCCUCGUGUCUGGACGCGCGCAUCAACACGGACAUCACCAUGCUGCAGUCGGCCUUCGGCGCAUACCUCGACUUCGUCCUCGCCCUCCUCCCACUAAGCUUCAUCAUCGACCUAAAAGUCAGCCUCCGCAAGCGCAUCGUCCUCUUCUGCAUUCUGAGUCUGGGUAUCGUCGCAGGCAUAUGCGCCUGCAUCAAAACGAGCGAAUUCAUCCCGGCGACGGCCGGCACGGACCCCACCUGGGACGGCUACGCGCUGUACCUGUGGGCCUUCCUCGAGAUCCCCCUCGUAAUCAUCGCCGCAUGCAUCCCGCCCUCGAAGCCGAUCUGGGAUUUCCUCGUGAAGGGGCAACCCAUCCGCCCGUCCACCAACCACAGCAGCAGCAACUAUACCGCCUCCGGCGGAUCGACGGGCUCGUACCGCAUUGGGUUCGUGAAGACCUCCGUGCGGGCGCAGAAGCAGAAGAAGCACGCCCAGACGAAACUCAGCCCGGCGGAGGACGGGGUGAAUUUGAUUGUCCACGGGGGGAAGGGGGGCAUGGGGGCGGCCACGAAGGGGAACGAGAUCCAGCAGACGGUGUUGAUUACCCAGACUUCGAGGGAGAGGGGGUCGCCCAGGCAGUCGGAGACGAGUGUGGGGAGUCCGGUUUAG